ACUGUCAACGCUUCUUCCUUCGUUUUCCAUCCCUUCUUCCGGGCACUCCCACUACUUUCCCCCCCUCUCUCUCUUUCAAAAGAAAAAGAGAAUCCCCGCCAACCACAGCCCCGAUUCUCUCACAUUGGACUCUUGAUUUUCAUUUUCUAGGGAAACCCAAGUAAAAGCGAAGCAAAUCGCACUACUGUACUGUUGGAGAGAGAAGAAUGCCGCGAGAAAUAAUAACGUUGCAGGUGGGGCAAUGCGGGAACCAGAUCGGGAUGGAGUUCUGGAAACAGCUCUGCCUCGAGCACGGCAUCAGCAAAGACGGCAUCCUCGAAGAUUUCGCUACCCAGGGAGGUGACAGGAAAGAUGUAUUUUUCUAUCAAGCCGACGAUCAGCACUACAUACCACGAGCUUUACUGAUUGAUUUGGAGCCUAGAGUGAUUAAUGGCAUUCAGAACAGUGAAUACAGAAAUCUGUACAAUCAUGAGAAUGUGUUUCUUUCAGAUCAUGGUGGGGGUGCAGGAAAUAAUUGGGCUAGCGGAUAUCAUCAGGGGAAGGGUGUUGAGGAGGACAUAAUGGACAUGAUUGACAGAGAAGCUGACGGAAGCGAUAGCCUUGAGGGUUUUGUUUUAUGCCAUUCCAUUGCUGGAGGAACAGGCUCAGGUAUGGGCUCAUACCUGUUGGAGGCUCUUAAUGAUCGCUACAACAAAAAGCUUGUUCAGACAUAUAGCGUAUUCCCUAAUCAGAUGGAGACAAGUGAUGUGGUGGUCCAGCCUUACAAUUCACUUCUGACGCUCAAGCGACUUACACUGAAUGCUGAUUGUGUUGUUGUCCUCGAUAAUACUGCACUUAAUAGAAUUGCAGUAGAGCGACUUCAUCUUUCAAAUCCUAGUUUUGCUCAAACAAAUUCUCUGGUCUCUACUGUCAUGUCAGCAAGCACGACCACGUUACGUUAUCCUGGAUAUAUGAACAAUGACUUAGUUGGCCUUCUUGCCUCUUUAAUUCCAACGCCAAGAUGCCAUUUCUUGAUGACCGGAUAUACGCCACUCACAGUGGAACGCCAGGCUAAUGCAAUUCGUAAAACUACAGUACUUGAUGUUAUGAGGAGACUUCUACAGACAAAAAAUAUCAUGGUUUCCUCUUAUGCUCGGACGAAAGAAGCCAGUCAGGCUAAAUACAUAUCGAUAUUGAAUAUCAUUCAAGGAGACGUGGACCCUACUCAGGUUCAUGAAAGUUUGCAGAGAAUACGUGAAAGAAAGCUUGUCAAUUUUAUCGAUUGGGGCCCUGCAAGCAUUCAGGUUGCUUUGUCCAGAAAAUCUCCAUAUGUUCAGACUGCCCAUAGGGUCAGUGGGCUUAUGCUGGCAAGUCAUACAAGUAUCCGGCACCUCUUCAGCAAGUGCUUAAGCCAGUAUGAGAAGUUGAGAAAGAAGCAAGCCUUUCUUGACAACUAUCGGAAGUUCCCAAUGUUUGCGGACAAUGAUCUUUCAGAAUUUGAUGAAUCGAGGGACAUAAUUGAGAGUUUGGUUGACGAAUACAAAGCUUGUGAAUCCCCUGAUUACAUCAAAUGGGGAAUGGAGGAUCCUGACCACAAUUUGACUGGUGAAGGCAGUGGUAGUGGAACAGUGGAUCCAACAUUAGCAAUGUGAACUAAAACAAAAUGGUGACUUGACUAAUUUACUCAAGAACAGGUUGUUGCACGUGAGGUCUGAGGUUGUAUCCCAGAGGGAACAUAGUACAGUAGGAUAGGGGCAUUUCUGUUUUGGUUUUUGCUACCUCGUUAAACGUGGUAUGGUAGGGUAUUGUCAAAUUGUCAUCUGGCAUCUUGUCUUUUGGUACACAUGAGGGGUGAUUCUUAUUGUAUGUAUG